CAUUCUCCUUCUCUCUUAAAGCUCAGGCCAUAAAAGCAAAGGGCCCCGUGUCCGUGCCGUACGCCCUCUUCCAGUCACACAUGGAAGACCUCUAUGUGGAAGGCCUGCCGGAAGGCGUUCCCUUCAGAAGGCCGUCCACGUACGGCAUUCCUCGUCUGGAGAGGAUUCUCGUAGCGAAGGAGCGGAUCCGGUUUGUCAUUAAAAAGCACGAGCUUUUGAAUUCAACACAAGAAGAUGCACCAGUGGACAAACCAGCUGCAGGAGGUAGGUCUUCAGAUGUGCAAGCUGAGUACCAUAUGGUUUCCUCCUUGUCUGUUGGUCUUAGCAAUGCCUAUCACCAGCUUUUACUGAUGACACACUGCAAAUAAUUCUUCUUGUUCUGGAUUAUCUUUAGCUACAGCGUGAUAGCAGUUGAUCAAUAAAGUCUUCAGAUCCUGCAAGUAGUUUGGAAAUCUAGCAAUUUUUUCCACUGCAUUUAUUCUUUAUUCAUAAGCACUACACUAUUCUAAGAUAAUAUAAUUAGAUGUAGAAAGAUAUUUUAAAAAUCAUUGAUGUGCCAUCCCAAAAUUCGUGAAUUUGAGAUGUAGUUUAAAAAAAAAAAA